AUGAAUCCAGUUAGUCCCUGGCUGGCGGCGUUGGCCGAACAAUGUCUCUUGUUUUACCUUGGCCGAAACAGUCAGGAUGGAAUCGAAGUGGAAGAUCUUGAGGGUUGCCUCAGCUUCAGUGUGCGCGGGCUUGUCAUGCCAGCGAUAAUUGACAAGUGGGGACAGGGAGACGGUGAUCGCGCAACGUUGACGGACUCCAAGAAUCAAAUCGAUGCCAUCUUCUCGCGCGAUUCGCUAAACGAGCAUGAAGCGAGCUCACCUUGCCCGCCUACAAUCAAAGAAGGACCCAAAAAGCAACUAAUUGAGCUUCUUGAUGUGAGGUUGGCUCUUGUGUACUCGACAAGUUCCCCCGAGAUCGAGCUUCGUGUCAACCGCUUUCGCAUACGUUGGAAUCAGGUCACUAAAGGGGAGCCUCCUAAACCGAAACUCAAGAAGACGCCGGCUAUCAAAGUUCUAUUGAAAGAGGCGUGUCAGAAAACGCAGAAAAGUUCCGUUGAUGCUAGACCCAAUGGCCAAGAAGAUAUUGCUUUGGCUGAGCCUUCAAUCUCCCCGUUUGACCAACGGGCGUCGCCCGAUUCUCAAUUUGAGUCGAUGGGAUCGCAGUUCUUCUCUCAAGUUCUCUCCAAUACCAACCACGACACACAGAGGAACAAUAAUAGAAGGAAUCACGUUUCUCUCGAUAAGGAGGCAAUCCUUGGGCUCUUGAGACCUUCUGCUGGCCUGAUUCAUACUAGUACAGAAACCCCCAGCCUGCCUCUGGGUAGUAGCAACAGCACGCAGUCUGCCUUAUCGGACGGAAAAACACCGAUUGAAUCAGGAGAACACUCCUCAUACAGACCGUCGAGCACGCUCGCUGAAGCUGGAUGCCCCGACAUAUCUGAUGCCAAUGCACCCCGUCCCAAUGCCAGCCAGGAUAUCGUUGACCCGGCAGCCAUUGAGACACAAUCUGCGUCUUCUUCGAUUGAUCUAGUUGAUCGCGACGAGACUGUGAAUAGGGAAGAACAAAAAAAGGAUGAUGUCUCAAAGAAAAGGCAACGCGACAGCACAGAUGCACAUUCGCUGACAUCUCCUGAUGGCACAGAUUCCCAAAGGCUGCGAAAGCCAGGUAUUACGUCGCCAUCGAACAAACGACAGCGUACUGAUACUGGAGAAAUGACUCAAAUGGACCUGAAUGAAAUCAAAGAGAUACGAAAUGAGCCCGAGCCUGAGCCAGUGCUCUCCGAGUUACUGAAUUUACCCACGCACCAACUGUUGCCAGAUCCGUGGAAUGUAAUGACAAAGAUAUCGACGAGUGAUGUCCAUAUCCCCAAAGAGCAAGCCGAUCUCUUCGAGCCACUUGUGUGGAUCCAACAGGGCUCUGGUGAAUCUACGCCGAUGUGUCAUGUACCGCCCAGACUUUUAACGAGAUGGAACGACAUCGCUCAAAGAAGAAAAUUAUUGGCGAAGAAAGAUCAGAGAGGUGGAAAUCCGACGCCAAGCCCGCAAGAUAUCAACAGAUCUGGAUCUGUUGCUGAGUCGGAGACCAACAGUCAAAUAUCAGAACCUUUCUCUCACUGGUCUGCUUCCCCGGAAAGGACCCCCGGAAAGAUCCUUCCGCCUAACAGCCCGUCUCCAAGGAAAUCCAGGAACAUAAGGGAGGGUGCAACGCCAAGCGGUACUCAAUCCAGCGCCUAUCAAACUGCAGAAGAUGGUGACGUAGAUAUGGCGAAUGGAUCUCAUACUACUUCUCAGCCUGCGCGGGAGGUUGUCCCUUCCCGAAGUAUUCCUGAUAUUGUCGCGCAUCGCGCGUCUCAGUAUCCUGAGGACUCAACAAUGAUCUUGAAGGAAGCAGAAUCUCGAUAUCAAAAUCCUGGUGAUGCCCCAUCUCAAGAGCACAAUCAUUCCGAUCCAAGCAUUGAGAUUGAGGAACAAACACCAAAACCAAUACAGGAACCUCGGGAUGGAAUGCGCUCUGCAUGCCCUCCAGCCACCCCAGAAUCUCACCAGCCCGAGUCAAGUGGCGAUGAAAGUGAUGAGACCGAGAUGGAGACAUCCGUCCCUUGCGCUCUGGGGGCAAGUAUUCCACCGAGCAGUCAGCCAGAACAGCAAAUAGAUAGUUCAGGUAACAGCUCGGGCCUAUCACUUCCAAGAUCCAUUAGGAAAAGUGUACAAGUCGUCGAGACGCCUGCUGUCCAAACGACUCCUUCACAACGCGAGAAACAAGGCAACAAGACAGUUAAACCGGAGCAUUCAAGCUCCCAGCAGCCAUCAUCCCAAGCAGCCAAGACAUCCUCUCAAUCUCGAAUUCUCGCUACCUACCGCUUGCAAGAAAGCAACACGCAAAGUGACCCUUCUCAAGAGGCACUAAACCCAUCUUUACCGAUCGAAGAUGAAUCCCUUCGGGUGGACGUGCUAGGUACUCAGACUCAAGCCAGCAGCUCGCAUCCGACAUCGCAAGAGACCCCUCGGUCCCACACAGAAGUUGUGCUCGAUUCGUCAAAAACCGUUCAGCGCCAGUGGGACUCGUCUCUGUUCAGCUCACAGCCCUCUGCCAACUCUUCCUCUUUCUCUUUUGCUAGCUUUCAUCCGCAGCCCAUGUCCCAACUCAAUGGACCAAGCCAGAAUUCUAUGGGAGAACUGACCUCUCUCGAUGGCGCGACGUACUUCCCAGACACGUCUCUGGGUGAUUCAUCGGGCUGGACCGCUCCUGAUGCCGAAUCCCCAUCAAAGCCUCGCAAAAUCCGACAAAUUGAAGGCACUGAUACCAUGACGACGUUCCAAAGUCCAAAUGGCGGGCUGGUGGCACGGCGUCAGAGCUUUAUUGACAAGCCCGACCAGACCGCCCAAGCAUUUAUCUUUUACGAAAAAUUCUGUAAUGACUAUCCGCCGUAUUCUGGAGAUUUUGCUCAUUUCACCGAGAUGUGCGCGAAGCUGCGGGCCCUUCGCGAAAAGGGUGCUCUGCAACGCUCCUUCCUGUGGGACGACUUUGUUAUCUUACAUCUCGAAGAGUAUCAGCGUCACGUGGAAGAUUGCGCGUCGCAAGAUUUCAAGACAUUGAAAUACGAAGACUUCUUCUGCUCAAGCUUUGCAAGGCCCCGGCACAAGAAACGAAGCCUGACCACCCGCGCGGUCAAUGUGGCUGCAUCUCAGUUUGUUCCACCUGAUACAACGACCUCAUCAAGUCAGCCGCCCCCAUGCCCAGUGGCUACCCAGGGCGAACGUGCACACCUUUCUUUCACGGCGAAUCUCGUGGACAAAUUAUCAGACCUCCACACUCGUUCAUCUAACAAUGCCAGUGCCAAUGAUAUUCCCAAUAGUCCUAGCACCAACACAGACAUACCCCUUGCAACACAACAUUCGCCUUUACACCAUUCGGGCACACUGCCUGCAGUGCAAGUCAAAUUAGAACCGGAUAGUUCCAGCAACGAAGUGUUGGACACUCAAGCUCAUACAAUGAGCAGCAGUGGGCAAAGGCCUGUACUUUCCAGCUCGGACCAGAAUAUGGAUGAUUCAACGCAGCAUGAUGAAGACGACACAAAGAUCAAGCCUGAUUUGAGCGAAAUUGAUAUGACCGAAGCCGAUGAAUCUCAGGAGGCAGAUCGCACCCACCACAGAACUGCCAGCAUUGAACUUGGCGAUGACACCGAGCACCGCCACAGUUCUCUAGUUUCUCCCCCGGCUUCAACGCAGGCUGUCGCCGAAGUCGCCGCUUCUACUGAUGAUGUCCAACAAGAGCCACCAAGGCCACGGCCCUGGUUCCGAUCACUUAGGAAUAUCUUUCCUGCUGGCCCCGUAUGGUCUGAUGACCCCAACACGCCCUUUAAGCGCUGGGCUCGAGAAGACCAGAAUGUUCUCCAGGAACUCAAUCGUCGUGGCGGCGCGAAGAUCCAACUCGAUGACAAGGGUGUCAUCUGCCGUCCUACCUACAAACGAGAGAAGGGCCCUGGAUCAUCGUGA